UUUAACGUGGCAUCCAUGCCUGACCCUCACCAACCGUUCUCGACCUUGAACUCUCACACCGGGAUCUGUCUGUGCACGACAAUGAUCCAGAACAUCACGUCGUCGAGUUGAGAGAAUGAAAACGAACUCUGGUAUCGGAUCCCACAAUGUCGCCAGAAUAAAAGCCCGCAUUUGGAAUGUCCCAUUUGCGUUGACAUUGCUCUGGACCUUGGUACUGCUAUGGGGAGAAAGGGUUGCUUUUCAGAGGACAGUCACGAACUGUCUAUGGCAGGAGUGGGAGUCGUGGCCAGCUCACGCUCAACCUCACCACGUUCUGCUCAUUGCUGAUCCUCAAUUGGUCGACCCGCAUACCUAUCCCGACAGACCAUGGCCUCUCUCCACUCUAACGGUGGCCUACACGGAUCGCUACCUUCGCCGUUCCUAUCGCUACCUGCAAGAGUACCUCCGGCCAGACGCGACCCUUUUUCUGGGUGACCUGUUUGACGGCGGAAGAGAAUGGGGAACAGCCGAUUCAUCGUCGCCCGAGGAUCGUUACAAGAAGUAUGGCACAGGCUUCUGGGAGAGAGAAUACGUCCGCUUCUCGAACCUCUUCCUGCGCUCAUGGUACAAGGGCUCCUUCGUCAGCCUCGCCGAACCCCAAGGCCGUCGGAUUCUCGCCUCGCUCCCAGGGAACCAUGACUUGGGCUUUGCUGCAGGCAUCCAGUCGCCCGUGAGGGAGCGGUUCGACGCGUUCUUCGGCCCCCUCAACCGCGUUGACAUCCUUGGCAAUCACUCCUUCGUCCAUUUGGACACGGUCUCGCUAAGUGCAAUGGACCAGAUCGAUCCGGAGACAGGCAGUUCAGGAGCAGGAGAUGGAAGUGCGGCCGCAACAACCACUACUCAGAUAUGGAAACCAGUUGAAGAAUUUCUUGAAGGAAUCGAAGCCACCAGAUCCAAAGCAAUCCAGCAUGUUUGCGCAAACAGGUUUGGUUGGAAACCUGGUCACCAGACACUUCUCUCUCCCGAGGUCGAGUCCGCAGCCCGUUUCGAGCAUUCCGUUGCUACUCCAAAGCAUCACAAGGAACUCACCUCCUCUCAAUUCCCAACCAUCAUCCUCUCUCACGUCCCUCUCUUCCGACCGGGCACGACCUCAUGCGGUCCAAUGCGCGAACGUGGCACCGCCAUCCCUCUCCAAGCAGGCUAUCAGUACCAAAACGUCCUCACGCCCCUGAUCUCCCAAGACAUAGUCAAGCAUCUGACUGCCGAGGAAAUCACCAUGAUCUAUUCCGGCGACGACCACGACUACUGCGAGAUCGAGCACAACGAGUUCACCGGCCGUAUCCGUGAAAUCACCGUCAAGAGUAUGAGUUGGGCAAUGGGCAUUCGCAUCCCCGGCGUCCAGCUCGUCAGUCUCUGGAACCCAGUCGACAUCCAGAAAGUCAUGUCCGGCAAUCCUGACCUCGCAACGCCCCGAGACACGGUUCAAAACCACCUGUGCCUCUUGCCAAAUCAGUUGGGCAUCUUUAUUCGUUAUGCACAGAUGCUCGGCUUGACGCUCAUCGUCCUCGCCGUAUAUGUCAUCCGCUACAAACCAGGUGCGAGUCCGGAGUCGUUGCAUGAGAAAUCCGAGCCCCUGCUUCCUUUGUCGCGCGAACAUCGCAAGUCAGAUACCUCGCAGACAUCGUCGCUUCAAAAUCAGAAUCAGCAUCUCUCGACACGCAAGACCGGCGGAUACGGAAAUAUCCCGCCUACCUCGCGAACAGGGUCGCCUUUCAAACAACCGAAUGAGAAGCUCGAUGACGAGGACUGGGGCAUGCCUCGUGGUGGCAACGCGGCACAAGCGGCGUCCAAACUCAGAAGACCGCCGAGUCGGCUCGUGUACUUUGGCAAGUCUAUGUGGCAGGUUGCCUGGCCUGUCCUGCUGUUGUAUUUCUGGUUGAUCUAUACCGGUUAAAAGUUGUGGUUUUCGUCAAGACUGUACGACCGAGGGAGUUUAGCAUAGCGUUUUCAAGCCAAGGUAGAAUGGCAAACAGUGCACAAUUUCAAAUGGACCCUAUAUGUAUAUUGUACGACGUGGUGGAAGAGUGUUCGUAUUAACUAUACACUAAAGAAAAGCAACAGUGAGUG